AGGUUACGUCCCAUUCAGCUUUGUGUUGGGCUCUUUGUUAAACUGUGGGAUUUUAGAACGUGUGUGACAUCUCUGUUUUAAAAAAAAAAAAACAUAUCUACUGACACGUAGUAAAUGGUUUAAUAGCGUAGGCCUACUGCUACCUUAAAAAGUAAAAAUAGAUUUCAAAACAAGGCGAAGGAUGGAAGGAGGUUGAAUGAAAGUGGGAACUAUUUUGGAAUGGAAUGCGUCCAAAUGGAUUCUAGCCGCUCUUCUAAUCACGACGCCGCAACAAGGAAAAAGUGGUAAAGAGGACCAGGAUACAACCAAACCGGCCAAAUUACAGUUCAAACAGCGCGUCAGAGGAGGAAAAGAGGGAAGUGAACCAACCCUGUGCCUCUUCGCUGAUCAGCGCCCUUCAUACUCGACCAGCGGCUGCCGCAGGCUCCCACGGACACCAUGGUUUCUGCUCCUAUAAACAGAUGUGUGUGGGGUCGCUUCAUCGAAGCAGCAAUGACUAGUGAGCGGUAGACGAGCGUAGGCUGCGUGGCUCACGAGGACAAAUUCAGUGUUUUUUGUGUCUAAAACCCAGUUGUCCAGAAGAUGGGGCACCCCCCUCUGGAGUUUAGUGAUUGCUAUCUGGACAGUCCGGACUUCAGAGAGACUCUCAAAUGUUAUGAAUUGGAGCUGGAGAGGACAAGCAAAUGUCUUAAAGAGUUGAUAAAAGAUGGCAACAGUGUAAUAACUGCAAUCAAAGGCUAUUCUUUGGCAGUACAGAAGCUUUCCAACACUCUCAGCACGUUCCAGUUCGACUUCAUCGGUGACUCCCUGACAGAUGAUGAGAUUAACAUUGCUCAGUCGUUUCAAGAGUUUGCCGGACUCCUGCAGGAAGCAGAGCAUGACAGGAUGAUGCUGGUUCAGAAUGCCUCUGAUCUGCUCAUCAAGCCGUUGGAGAAGUUCAGAAAGGAACAAAUAGGAGUUACAAAAGAAAAGAAGAAGAAGUUUGAGAAAGAAAGUGAAAAAUAUCACUCCCAGGUAGACAAACACCUGAACCUUUCUGCCAAGAAGAAAGAAAGCCAGCUUCAAGAGGCCGAUGAACUCCUCGACAGAGAGCGAGUGAACUUCUAUGAAUCGUCAGUGGAGUAUGUGUACCAGAUCCAUCAGGUGCAGGACCGGAAGAAGUUUGAUGUGGUCGAGCCGGUACUGGCGUUUCUUCACAGCAUUCUAACGCUCAACAACCUGACAGUGGAGAUGACUCAGGACUUCAUGCCUUACAAGCAAGAACUGCAGCUCAGCUUGCAGAAUACCAGGAACCACUAUGAAAGCACUCGCGAGGAGAUGGAAGAGCUGAUGAAAAGAAUGAAGCAUCCAUCCCAGAUCUGUAAAAUGCACAGUUUUCUCCCCAUGGAAGGUUAUCUGUACUGUCAGGAGAAGUGGGCUUUGGGCGUGUCAUGGGUCAAAUAUUAUUGCAAGUAUCACAAGGAGGGCAGACAGCUGGUCAUGGUGCCUUGUGAACAGAAGCCUACAACUAAACAGGGCACUACACAGCUGACACUGAAAUCCUGCAUCCGCCGGAAGACAGAGUCCAUAGACAAGCGCUUCUGCUUUGACGUGGAAACUAACGAGAGAAACACACCCGUCACUUUCCAAGCUCUUUCGGAGGGAGACAGGAAGUUGUGGAUGGAGGCCAUGGAUGGAAAAGAGCCUAUAUAUCAUUCCCCAAUUCACAAGCAAGCAGAAAUGGAACUGAAUGAGAUUGGAUUCAAGUUUGUGCGAAAGUGCAUCAACUACAUUGAAACAAAAGGAGUAACACAAGAAGGAGUGUACAGAACAGUUGGCAGCAACAUCCAAGUGCAGAAGCUUUUAAAUGCCUUCUUUGACCCUACAAAGCCAGGAGAUGUGGAUCUCCACAGCAACGACUGGGACGAUAAAACCAUCACAAGUGCACUGAAGUUUUACCUGAGGAGCUUGUCUGAACCUCUGAUGACCUACAGUCUACACAGAGACCUUGUGUGUGCUGCAAAGUCAGAUAAUCUGGAUUUUCGACUGAGUGAGAUUCAUUCUCUUUCCUAUAAACUACCAGAGAAGAAUCGGGAGAUGUUGGAGAUGUUAAUCAAACACUUGGUCAAUGUGUGCAGUCACAGUGAAGAAAACCGGAUGACCCCUUCAAACAUGGCUGUUAUCUUUGGACCCACACUGAUGAGAGCAAAGGAGGAGACUGUGGCGGCCAUGUUGGAUAUCAAGUUCCAAAAUAUUGUUGUUGAGAUUCUGAUUGAGCACUUCAAAAAGAUCUUCAGUUACAUGCCAGAGGACAGCACUUCCCCACCUGUCCCUCCUCCGCGGAUCACCCCGAGAAAGCGGCAACCCAUCACAAUCUCCAAGCGGCCACCUCGUGUUUAUCAAGCUCUUGGUCACGACCACUUCCACACAGAGAAUGGCCAGAACAACAGCUCUGUUGUGGGCGGGGAAGUCUCAACAAACCCUGUUCCCCUGCAGCGGGCAAAACCUUUCAGCUGUGCUCCACUGGUUCCAAGAGAACCUCCUCCGAGACUAGCAUUGAUACCGAGACCAUCUUUCCGUCAGGACAGACACUCAGACUCUGACUCUGGCAAGAUAGACAACACAAGGCAAAAGCCAGAUUCUUCUUCAGCAGCAAAUGGAGAGUCUGGAGUCUACGUGAGCAGAGUACCAUCCUUUCAGAGCAGAAGACCACCUCCUAAAGGCACACCAGCCAACGUAGAAGGAGAUUCUGAUGCUCUGACCCGAACCAGGUCCACAGAAAAACAUACCAUUUGUAGACCCCCUGUCAGGCCUCCGGAGCCGCCCUGCAGAAGCCCCGCUCCACAGAAGACCCCGAGUGCAGCCAGCAGCGAGAGCUCAGCAACAUCCUAUGUUGCCUCUAAAACAAAGUUUUUUGAGAAUGCCUCCCGGCACGUUGGCAGUCCACCGGCCUCUCCACCGUCGUCAUCAGCAGUGACACAUGUAAGAAAAGAGAAUUAAAGUGAAGCAGACACAGACCACAUAGUUUGACCUGUUUGUGCUGAUCAAGCAGGAGUGAGUCACCGUCAAUGAACUCAGUUACCUUAUCAGUAUACUGAAGAAGUGGCUCUUCUUGGAGCUAAAUGGAUGUAUUUGAUUCAAUUUGAUUUGUAAUAGCAAUGGUGUUGGAAGGCAUUCAAGGCUUUUGAAUGUGCUUGCAAAAUAGUUGUCUGUUAUUGAUCAUUAUUCCAACAUACGGAUGGAGAUAACAGCUCUAUUUCCCCCUUGUUUCAUGGCAACUGACAAUUUUGUCAGAUAAUAUUACAAUAUUUAGUGAUUUUACAUUAUUAAAAAGGGUUAAUGGCCAAUUUUGUUGGAGGGAACUAACUGCCAAAACUAGUAAUGACAGCUUACUCUUCUGGUCUACACUCGUAACACUAAAUUUUAGCAUUAUAAAAUAGAUCUGCCAAAGAAGACUAAUUUAUUAAAAAGAUGUAAUCAUGAUUAAUUUGAAAAUGUGAAAUAUUAGUUUUAAUAUUAACUUCUAGCUUUUAUAAAAUGGACCAUGCAAUGUAAAAAGGAGCUGGAUGACGCAUCAUUUUAAGAUAAAUCAAUUGAGUAAUUAUUUCUGUGAAAGCUAUUUUAGUUGGUCCGUUUUAAAAAGACUAUAAAGGUCAAAUUUAUAUCAUGAAUGUCAGUUGAAACACAACGGCGUCAUUCAGCCAUGGGUCUUUUUAGGAGGCUUUACAAAAAAAGUAUUUUGCUGUGUUUCAUUCAGAGUAGUUUGAAUUUAGAUUAUGAAUUUGAUGCUAGUUUUAACAGGGAAUUCUUGAACAAGAUUCACUACCAGUGUACAUUCCCUCACUUCUUAACUAAUUUAGGUUGGACUGGUUGCACAGGAGAGUCCUCAAAGUUUAAGUGAAUUUCUUACAACACAAAUAAAUUGGUGGGAUUAAAAAAAGCAAGUUAAGUCAAAUAAGAAUGAAAACUCAUCAAAACUGUCACAAUAUGUAAAAAUAACACUUCAGUGUUUUGUUCUAUUACUUUGUUCUUAAAAUAAUUUACCCUUGUUUGUUUUUGUUUUUGAUAACCCAACUUGAAAAAUGUAGCUGUUGUCUGGUUGGAUUAAUUUUCAGAAAGGAAAAUAAACAUGAAACGUUCUUAACAUGA